AUGGCCGACGGCCCCCGCGGCGCCGCGGCGCCAGAUCUGUCCGCCGGCGUGGGCGGCGACCUCGGGGAGGUCUGCGCGGGCGUUCGUGCACUGCUCGCGGGGCAGCGCCGUGUCGAGCGCGUGCUCGAGAGGCUCGCGGCGGUUGCGACAGAGCGCCCGGGCGGCCGCUCAGAGCUGCCUGGCCCAGCCUGCGGCUGCUCGGGGGGCCCCAGGGACCGCGACUGGGGCGCGCUGGACCCCGACGGCGCGGCGGAGGAGGCCCCGGUGGCCCCGCGGCGCAGCGGCGCCAGCUCGCUGGAGGAGCCCCGGCGGCGCAGCGGCGCCCGCAACGCACCCAGUCGUCCUUCCACACCAGCGACAGCGACGCGGCGGUGGAGUCCAGGGUGGCCAAGGACAUCUCCAUACUGA